UACUCUCAUUUCGAGAUGCCGGCAACCGAUUACCAGGCCUCCUUCUUGGGCCGAAUCAGCCUACGGCGGAACCAAGUCAUCGCCAUGGACGGCAACCACGAGCAAGAAGACCUCGAGCUCUUCUCGAAGCACGUCUCUGAGCGUUUCACUGAGCUCUUGUCGCCUCCGGACGACGUCGUUUUCGAUACUCUUCUCUCCAUUUCAUGGCUGCGCAAGCUCCUCGACGUUUUUCUCUGCUGUGAAGCUGAAUUCAAGGCUGUUCUCAUGAUGGGUGAUGAUGAUCACCCAUUUCAGAUCUCUAAACCCCCUCUCGAUCGCUUGAUCCAUGAAUUUCUGGACCGGUCAAUCAAGGCUUUGGACCUCUGUAAUGCCGUCACCAACGGGCUGGACUCUGUCAGGCAUUACCAAAAGCUCGCCGAGAUUGCCGCUUCGGCUCUGGGACAAAAACCAAUCGGCGACGGACAAGCGAGGAGAUCCAGAAAGGCCUUGAAUUCAUUGUUGAUGGCGAUGAGCGUUGACGAUAAAGAAUGCUCCGCCGUGAAAACAACCGAGAGGAGCUGGUCGUUCAGUCGCCUAGCUGUUAAUAAAGACAGAUCCCCUGGUCAUUUGAGACAAGUUGCGAAGAAAUGGUCGGCGGCGAAACAGAUUCAGGCGAUGACUUGGAAUCUCGUUCCGCCGCGAGGGGCGGAGGGUUCCGGUCUGGCUUCCCCUGUUUAUACAAUGAGUGUGAUCAUGGUUUUCGUUAUGUGGGCUUUGGCUGCGGCGAUUCCUUGCCAAGAGAGGAAUGGGUUAUCGGCUACUUAUUUUCCAGUCCGUAAGCAAUGGAGUUGGGAUCAAAGCAUUACCGGGUUACAUGAGAAAAUCGCCGAAGAGUGGAAGGAGAAGGAGAAGAAAGGGGCGGCUGGGUUGUUAUCGGAGGUGCAGAAAAUGGAGAAACUGGUGCGUAAUUUGAUGGAGUUCACUGAUUCUUUUCAGUUUCAUGGAGGGACCGAUGAGAAAGCGGAAGAAGCGGCGGACCAUGCGGCGGAAUUGGCGGAGAUUUGUAAGAGAAUGGAAGAAGGACUGUUGCCUUUGCAGAUGAAGAUUAAGGAAGUGUUUCAUAGGAUUGUACGAAGCAGAGCCGAGUUUCUUCAAGCUUUGAAACAAGGGGGGAAAUCAUCGGCUCCACCUGUGUAAACCAUGCUCUUUUUUAGUUUACAAUUUUUUUUAGGCAAAGGCUUGA